AUGGGUGACGUUGAGAAAGCAUCGGUCAAUCCGCCGGAGGAGACCAAGACCGGCGAGUCGAGGGUCUAUGUUGACACUGAGGCGGAGAAGGGCUUCGUUCGCAAGGUGGAUUGCUUUGUGCUACCAUUGCUGUGCUUGAUGUACUUCUUCGAUUGCAUGGACCGGAGUAACCUGGCAAAUGCAAAGACAGACGGACUCGACAAGGACAUCAACCUCAAGGGGAACGAGUACUCGCUGCUCAUUCUGAUCUUCUACAUCCCGUUCGGCCUGUUUGACCUGCCAUGGAACCUGCUAAUCAAGCGGUACUCGGCACGGAUCAUGCUAUCACUGAUGACCGUUGUCUGGGGAAUCUGCGCGCUGUGCCAGUGUGCAGCACACAACUUUGGCAGUCUACUCGCCGUCCGCAUCAUCCUAGGAAUCUUCGAAGCUGGCUUCUUCGCCGGUGCAACCUUCUACUUUACACUGUUUUACACGCGCGGCGAGAUGGGCUUCCGCCUCGCAAUCCUGCAAUCCAUGGCCGUCCUCGCCUCAGCCUUCAGCGGGCUCAUCUCAUUCGGGCUCUUCCAAAUAAACCACCCAACCGUACACGGCUGGCAGUGGCUAUUCAUCGUAGAAGGCGGAAUGACAUUAAUAAUCGGCGUCAUCGGGUUCUGGUGGCUCCCUGACAAUGGGCAGACGGCGUGGUUUCUGAACGAGCGCGAGCGCGCUGCUGCAUCGGCGCGUCUGCUACGGGAUACUUCCUCAGAGGUGAAUACCGCGCUUGAAUUGAAGGCCGCGUUUCAGACGUGGAAUGACUGGAAGUUCCCGAUCUGGGCGGUUAUCACGUUUACGUACCCCGUAGCGUAUGCGACUGCGAUGAACUUCUUUCCGCUGAUUGUGAGCCGACUUGGCUACGACACCGUCAAAACGAAUCUAUGGACAGUGGCGCCGAAUCUCGUUGGGGCAGUGAUCUUGCUCGUGGUCGCCAAAUCGUCGGAUCUAUUCCGCGAGCGGUCUCUGCAUAUCAUACUCUCGCUGGUGAUUUCUCUAGCCGGCAUGCUCGUUCUUGCUAGUAUAGACGUGGUCGCCAACAAGGGCGUCUCGUACUUUGCGUGCUUCCUCCUUGCAGCCGGGGCGUAUAUCCCUAGCUGUCUGGUGCAUGCGUGGCACAAUAACAACAACACCAACGAAAACUCCCGUGCGGCCAAUACGGGCUUUUUCGUCGGUCUUGGGAAUCUAGCGGGGAUACUGAGUGCUGCGACGUUUCGCACGGAGUAUGCGCCCAAGUACAUUCCCACGCUGGUGGCGACGUGUGCGUGCAAUGGGGUCUGCAUUGUAGCUACGGGGUUCAUGGGGAUGUGGAUGCGGAUCGAGAAUCGGCGACGAGAUCGCGUACAGGGAGUUAGCUUGCGUGCUGGGCAGGUCGAGACAUCGCAGCUGGCAGAGGGAGAGAAGAGUCCAGAGUGGCGUUAUUUUGUGUGA